UAACAAAGUGUCAGUAAUGGCGGAUAUUUUAACGCUUGUGUUCCGAACUUUUAUGUCACAAACGGGGCUGCAGAAGGACCUCAGCGCCGCUCCUCCACCACCGACAGCCCGCAGCGCUUUGCUGGUCGGAGAACCCAACAUCAGCCGCUCCGUGCUGCUGCUGGCGGCCGUCACAGCUGCGUCAGAGGCGGGGAUGAGAGUGAUAUUCUUCAGCCAAACGCAGAUCCAGAGCCUGCCGGCGUCUCUGCAGAGAUGUGUUCCGAACCUGAGCCCACAAAGUCUAAAGAAAAUCAGGUUUUCCUACCCCAGGACGGUGGAGGAGCUGCUCCAGCAGGUGGCCAGCCUUCAUGAGCCCACCAAUACGUCUCCCACACCUCCCUCUCUGAUCAUAGUUGACAGGCUGGAGAGCUUCCUGCGUGCUCCAGGUGAGCAGUCAUGUGCUGCACAUCUGUGUGCGCUGCUGUGUGACACUGCUGCCUUUCUCACACACAUCCUGGGGCAGCAGUCCUCCAGCGCAGCUCCCUGCCGCGUCCUUGCCUCUUUCCAGUCAGAAGUGGACCCCGGACAACGUGGUGGGGAAGCCUCUGCCACACAACCUGUCCUUGAUGUCCUCGAUCGCUAUUUCCUGGUACGCUACACUCUGGACCGAGACACAGGUUACGAAGCUACAGCAGCUGGUCUGCAGGAGAUAUGGCACAUUUACCUUUCUGGAAGCGGAGUCACAGAGGUCUCUGGUGCCAAAGACUGUGAGGACACGCCGGCUGUCGCCCAGGAGUGGCAGCUGCUGAUCUCUCCUGCUGGUUUAAUGGAGUUUAAGUGGGUUUGAAAAUGUUCUAUCCAAGACUUACUGAUUAAAAGCCAGUUUGUUUGUUUAGUUCAGAGCAAAUUCUCAUUGUCAGCACAAGUUUUUGCAGUUGGGCAUUUCCAGAAAUUUUCCAUCCCAUUGUAGCAUCUGCAAAAGAAUGAAUGUGUUUCCAUCCACUGCUGUUACCUGAAUAGUAGGAUCUGGUUCAUCAAGACAACCAGCUGGUGGGGCAAUGCCAGUCGGAGCUUGGACGUAUUGUUGGAACUGGAUCCCAGCAUCAAAGGUGGUACCCAGUCACUUAAGUCUAAAUUUCUCCUGAGUCAAAAAGUUUUCUAGUUUUCUGUUUUUGCUGGUCUCCUGAUCUUCGUUGGCUUCUUUGUAUUGUCGUCUGCUGCACAUGCUCUCUGUAAUGAUGUAGGACAAUUAAGGUUACCUUUCAAGGUUUUGAGAAUGUUUUACAGCUAUAAAUCUUCCAUGGAUUAAAAACAAUCACUGUUCACAGUU